UCGCUGGCAAAUUCAUCUGCUCCCCGUCCAUACCGAAACAACGGCGUUUGUUUCUCGCGCAGCGGAAUGGGCUGCUGCGGCGACGAAGACGACGAAGAGCCCCAGACCUUCCCGCAGAGCUCAGCCUCCCCCUCGUCGGACAUGGCGCCACCGUCCUCCUUCGCCGACCUCGCGAUCUCCCCCAUGAACUCCCACUUCACGGCUCUGAACUGCCGCGACACCCUCCGCCUCAUCUUCGAGAGGCUUCCGAUCCCCGACCUCGCCCGGGCGAGCUGCGUGUGCCGCGUGUGGAACUCCGUUGCCUCCGACGGAGACAUGCUGACCCGCGCCUUCCGCGCACCCUGGAGGAUGAAGGCGGUGGUCGGCGCCCCGAGUUCCGGUAGCUUCUGGAGGGACAAUAGCAUCGGGAAGUUCGCGAUCUCUCAUCGGAUCGUGCGGGGGGACACCGUCGCCAGUCUCGCUGUGAAGUACUCCGUCCAGGUCAUGGAUAUAAAGCGGUUAAACAACAUGAUGAGUGAUCAUGGGAUAUACUCAAGGGAGAGGCUUUUGAUCCCGAUCAGCGACCCUGACAUUCUUGUCAACCAGACAUGCUACAUCGAGCUGGACCAGCAUGCGAAAAGGGAAGUUGCUGUGCUUUACCUGGAAGGUCAACCCAGUAUAAAAAGCGCUUUGGUGCUGAAGAGGACAACAUCUGAACAAGGCAGGAGGAGAAUCCUUGACUCAUUGAAGAGGAGCAUGCGUGUCAAUGAUGGAACCGCUCAGUACUAUCUUUCCGUCUCUGAGGGCGAUCCUCGAGCUGCUCUCUCUGAAUUCUCUGAAGACCUUCGAUGGGAGAGGCAGGCAGGGUUGGUCUAACCUACAUCUGCUCCCUCUGAAUUGUGUAGGCCAAUUUCUCCGUUGUGUCUGCCUACGUCGGUCUUUUAACGGAGAAUGGCAACUACCGUGGGACAUACGGGUCCUUGGAAACUUGGGGAUACGACAUUAGGCAAACAGCAAUUGAAAUUCCUCAUUCAAUUGCUGUCUUUUAGAUUGGCUGCUACUGUACUUAAGCCUCUAAGAUGAAAAAGUUUCAAUCGUGGUUCAUCAUUUAGUAAUUUAUUCCCUCGCCGUCGGAGGAUGUUAUUGAAGAAUGAACAUAGAAGAGAUCUGCUGCUGUUGUAAAUUAGCUGAUCGAUAUAUAUAUUGAUUGUCAUGUAUAGCCGUGUAGUUGUACUCAAAUUUGUCCAGAGAAAGUGUAUUAAUCAACUGAAUAUAUUCGAUUCUACUGUGAGUUUGAUUUUCGGAGUA